AUGGCACCGGUGGGGGAUGUUGUGGACAUCAGCUCUGAUGAGGAGGACUUGUUCAUGGGCACUUCACUAAAACUCCAGGAACCCCUCGACCCCCCCGUUAAUUUGUCACGGUUUAUGCACAUUUGCGGUGUGGCUGAUUUUGCGACCGGGGAGGAUAUCGAUGACCUCAUGAUUAUGAGUGAGAUAUCUGCUCCACCAGUGUUGCAGAAGACAGCCAACCCUGACGAGCUCGUGGUUAUGGGUGAGUUGUCCUCGCCACCUGCGCUGCAGCAGAAGAAGGCCAGUGCUGAUGGUGGGUGCCAUGAGGAUGAUGAUGAUUGUGUAGUUCUAGAUGGUGACCCUGAUAAGGCGGUUACAGUUCCUGACGAGGGGAGCGCGGGAGAUGGCAGUUCGGAUGAAUUGCAGAUAGUCGCGGAGAAAGGCCCGAUAGCAUGCAGGGACUUCCCUCAUUCGCGCCAUUUAUGCUCAAACUUGCCUUUCAGCACUACUACUCACGUGAAGCAUUGUACCAUGUGCCACUGUUUUGUGUGUGACGCUCCAGCUCCUUGCAAAUAUUGGGGUAACAGUACAUCAGCUGAUGAUCAUUGCCAUGCUACAGACAAGGAUUCAAAAUGGAGAAACAUGAGGCAAAUAUUCAAGAAAAAAUUGUUGCCAGCAUCUUUUCCAGGAAAACACCAGAACGGCGUUUACUCAACAAUGUCACCACCCAGACAGCAACCUAUGCAAUGCCAUGUUUCAGUCCCACAGUCGCCUUCCAUAUCACAUGGGAGUCACCCUUCUCUUUCCAUCCAAAGUCCUCUUCUUAAUGAAGGGAGCCAAAACCAACAGAGACAUCCCUCGGUGAGAGUCUCACUGAGUGUAGAGGCAACAGUUGGGUCUCCAAGAGCUGGAAGAGGUACUGGCAAUGCUCACAUUGCUCAAAGUACUCAUUCCCAUGCAAUAUUCAAAAGAGCAGGGACUGUUGCUCCAGUCUUUGCAACAAGAAAUGCUAGCCAAUUUUGUUCUUCUGCUCCAGAUGAUCUCCUUAUGCAGCAGGCAUUGUCUCAUGCAUCUCAGCCUGUUCAAGUUGCACCUACAACCAUUGCUUUCACUGGCACUUCUCAGAACAACCAUUUUCAGAGAUCUUUCAGUGCACCGAUAGCACCUCAGGUGCAACAAGGUCAACCUGCGGGAUAUUAUCAGGUUGCCAUAAAUGGAAUGCACGCCACAGGGCCGCAACUUGCACGGUCCACCUCGCUUACAACUCAGAGAACACAAUGCCUCCCAGAACCAGCAAUAAUAGAUGUUGGCACAUCAAGCUGGCAAGACAUACUUGCUACCGUGGCAUCUGAUCUGGGGGUAGAAGAUUACAAUAUGGGCAUCCCUGAGUCUCAGCAUGUAACGGUUGACUCUCAAACCAUGCAUCCCACUGCAAACCAUGGGUUCCAUCUUCAGCAUGAGCCCAUUGCAGAAUCGGAGAACUUCACAUAUUCUCUUGUGCAUGAUUCAUCCAAUGACACGGCAGGUGGCAGUGUUCAGGCAGAUGGUCCUAUGCAAACAUCAGAGAAUUUGGAGCAUCUGAUUGGCCAGAGCAAUCCUAUUCCAAGUGAAGCUCACCUGAAUGACUUUGUGGGUGUCCCUCCUGAUGAAUUACCUAUAGAAGAAGAAGGAGCUCAGCAGCCUGAGAUAUCAAGGGUGGAGUCUGCAAACAUUCAGUUUGAGUUCGAUUGGGAUUAA